AAGGGAAGGGUUCGAGACUAAAAGGGAACUCGGGCGCAGUUAGAGCGUUUUCUCCGAAUUGUGCCGCACCCUUGCUUCCGGCCGGGGAGGGGCCGCCGGUCUAAGACCCGCUCCCGAGCAUCGAGAGCUGGGGCCAGAGCAGCUUCCUCCUGUCCCCACAACCAUAGAGCGCGGGCCCAGGGCGCCGCCCGCGGGUGGGGGACGUUCCGGGGACGGAAGUGGCCGAGAGAGUGUCGAAGGGAGGGCGAGGCCGGAGCCCGAUUGCCACCGGGAGAACGAGCGGGUUAGCGGGCCGGCGGGCGGGGUACGAGCCGGGCAGCGCAGGUCGAGCCAGGCUGGAGAGGAGAAGCUGCCACCAUGGUUGCGCUCUCACUGAAGAUCAGCAUUGGGAAUGUCGUGAAGACGAUGCAGUUCGAGCCGUCCACCAUGGUGUACGAUGCCUGUCGCAUCAUUCGUGAACGCAUCCCAGAGGCCCUGGCUGGCCCUCCCAGCGACUUUGGGCUGUUCCUGUCAGAUGAUGACCCCAAAAAAGGUAUAUGGCUGGAGGCCGGGAAAGCUUUGGAUUACUACAUGCUCCGAAAUGGGGAUACUAUGGAAUACAGGAAGAAACAGAGGCCCCUGAAAAUCCGUAUGCUCGAUGGAACUGUGAAGACUAUCAUGGUGGAUGACUCUAAGACUGUCACCGACAUGCUCAUGACCAUCUGUGCCCGCAUUGGCAUCACCAACCAUGAUGAAUAUUCACUGGUUCGAGAGCUGAUGGAAGAGAAGAAGGAGGAGGUGACAGGGACCUUACGCAAGGACAAGACACUGCUGCGAGAUGAAAAGAAGAUGGAAAAACUAAAGCAGAAGUUGCACACGGAUGAUGAGUUGAACUGGCUGGACCAUGGCCGCACGCUGAGGGAACAGGGAGUGGAGGAGCACGAGACGCUUCUGCUGCGGAGGAAGUUCUUCUACUCAGACCAGAAUGUGGACUCCCGGGACCCCGUACAGCUGAACCUUCUUUAUGUGCAGGCACGAGAUGACAUCCUCAAUGGCUCCCACCCUGUCUCCUUUGACAAGGCCUGUGAGUUUGCUGGCUUCCAGUGCCAGAUCCAGUUUGGGCCCCACAAUGAGCAGAAGCACAAGGCUGGCUUCCUCGACCUGAAGGACUUCCUGCCCAAGGAGUAUGUGAAGCAGAAGGGAGAGCGUAAGAUCUUCCAGGCACACAAGAAUUGUGGGCAGAUGAGUGAGAUCGAGGCCAAGGUGCGCUACGUGAAGCUAGCCCGUUCCCUCAAGACAUAUGGUGUCUCCUUCUUUCUGGUUAAGGAAAAGAUGAAAGGAAAGAACAAGCUGGUGCCCAGGCUUCUGGGCAUCACUAAGGAGUGUGUCAUGCGAGUGGAUGAGAAGACCAAAGAGGUGAUCCAGGAAUGGAGCCUCACCAACAUCAAACGCUGGGCUGCCUCUCCCAAGAGCUUCACCCUGGAUUUCGGGGACUACCAAGAUGGCUACUACUCAGUACAGACGACGGAAGGGGAGCAGAUUGCCCAGCUCAUCGCCGGCUACAUUGAUAUCAUCCUUAAGAAGAAAAAAAGCAAGGAUCACUUUGGGCUGGAGGGAGACGAGGAGUCUACUAUGCUGGAGGACUCCGUGUCCCCCAAAAAGUCGACAGUCCUGCAGCAGCAGUAUAACCGGGUGGGCAAAGUGGAGCACGGCUCUGUGGCCCUGCCCGCUAUCAUGCGCUCCGGAGCCUCUGGUCCUGAGAAUUUCCAGGUGGGCAGCAUGCCGCCGGCCCAGCAGCAGAUUACCAGUGGCCAGAUGCACCGAGGACACAUGCCCCCUUUGACGUCAGCCCAGCAGGCACUCACUGGGACCAUUAACUCCAGCAUGCAGGCUGUGCAAGCUGCCCAGGCCACUCUGGAUGACUUUGACACUUUGCCCCCUCUGGGCCAGGAUGCUGCCUCUAAGGCCUGGCGUAAAAACAAGAUGGAUGAAUCAAAGCACGAGAUCCACUCCCAGGUCGAUGCCAUCACAGCUGGUACUGCCUCCGUGGUGAACCUGACAGCGGGGGACCCCGCGGAGACAGACUAUACAGCGGUGGGCUGUGCGGUCACCACCAUCUCCUCCAACCUCACGGAGAUGUCCCGCGGCGUGAAGCUGCUCGCUGCCCUGCUGGAGGACGAAGGCGGCAGCGGCCGGCCCCUGCUGCAGGCCGCCAAGGGCCUCGCCGGGGCCGUGUCGGAGCUGCUGCGCAGUGCCCAGCCAGCCAGUGCUGAGCCCCGUCAGAACCUGCUGCAAGCAGCUGGGAACGUGGGCCAGGCCAGUGGGGAGCUGUUGCAGCAAAUUGGGGAAAGUGAUACUGACCCCCACUUCCAGAUAUGUGCACCCAGAGGGGCUGGGGCUCGAUCUCCCCCCGAUUCCCCCACGGACGUACUAAUGCAGCUAGCCAAGGCCGUGGCAAGUGCUGCAGCUGCCUUGGUCCUCAAGGCCAAGAGUGUGGCCCAGCGGACAGAGGACUCGGGCCUCCAGACCCAGGUCAUUGCUGCAGCAACACAGUGUGCCUUGUCCACCUCCCAGCUGGUGGCCUGCACCAAGGUGGUGGCACCUACGAUCAGCUCACCUGUCUGCCAGGAGCAGCUGGUGGAGGCCGGACGCCUGGUGGCCAGAGCCGUGGAGGGCUGUGUGUCCGCCUCCCAGGCAGCCACAGAGGACGGGCAGCUGCUGCGGGGGGUAGGGGCAGCGGCCACGGCUGUCACCCAGGCCCUGAAUGAGCUGCUGCAGCACGUGAAGGCCCACGCCACGGGCGCUGGGCCUGCUGGCCGUUAUGACCAGGCCACUGACACCAUCCUCACCGUCACCGAGAACAUCUUCAGUUCCAUGGGUGACGCUGGUGAGAUGGUACGACAGGCCCGCAUCCUAGCCCAAGCCACCUCUGACCUGGUCAAUGCCAUCAAGGCUGAUGCCGAGGGGGAGAGUGAUCUGGAGAAUUCUCGCAAGCUAUUAAGCGCCGCUAAGAUCCUGGCUGAUGCCACAGCCAAGAUGGUGGAGGCUGCCAAGGGAGCCGCCGCCCACCCUGACAGUGAGGAGCAGCAGCAGCGGCUGCGGGAGGCGGCCGAGGGUCUGCGCAUGGCGACCAAUGCAGCUGCGCAGAACGCCAUCAAGAAGAAGCUGGUGCAGCGCCUGGAGCACGCAGCCAAACAGGCUGCGGCCUCAGCCACACAGACCAUCGCCGCGGCCCAGCACGCAGCCUCCACCCCCAAGGCCUCUGCCGGCCCCCAGCCGCUGCUGGUGCAGAGCUGCAAGGCUGUGGCAGAACAAAUUCCACUGCUGGUGCAGGGCGUCCGAGGGAGCCAGGCUCAGCCUGACAGUCCCAGUGCUCAGCUGGCCCUCAUUGCUGCAAGCCAGAGCUUCCUGCAGCCAGGUGGGAAGAUGGUGGCUGCUGCAAAGGCGUCCGUGCCAACAAUUCAGGACCAGGCUUCGGCCAUGCAGCUGAGUCAGUGUGCUAAAAACCUUGGUACCGCAUUGGCCGAACUUCGUACCGCUGCCCAGAAGGCUCAGGAAGCGUGUGGGCCUUUGGAGAUGGAUUCUGCACUGAGUGUGGUACAGAAUCUAGAGAGAGACCUGCAGGAAGUGAAGGCAGCAGCUCGAGAUGGCAAGCUUAAACCCUUACCUGGGGAGACCAUGGAGAAAUGUGCCCAGGACCUGGGUAACAGCACCAAAGCAGUGAGCUCCGCCAUUGCCCAGCUGCUGGGGGAGGUUGCCCAGGGCAAUGAGAAUUACGCAGGGAUCGCAGCUCGGGAUGUGGCAGGUGGGCUGCGGUCACUGGCCCAGGCCGCUCGGGGUGUAGCUGCCCUGACGUCAGAUCCUGCAGUGCAGGCCAUUGUGCUUGACACAGCCAGCGACGUUCUGGACAAAGCCAGCAGCCUCAUCGAGGAAGCAAAAAAGGCAGCUGGCCAUCCAGGGGACCCUGAAAGCCAGCAGCGGCUUGCCCAGGUGGCUAAAGCAGUGACCCAGGCCCUGAACCGCUGUGUCAGCUGCCUGCCUGGCCAGCGAGAUGUGGACAAUGCCCUGCGAGCAGUGGGAGACGCCAGCAAGCGACUCCUGAGUGACUCGCUUCCCCCCAGCACCGGGACAUUUCAAGAGGCUCAGAGCCGGUUGAAUGAGGCUGCUGCUGGGCUGAAUCAGGCAGCCACAGAACUGGUACAGGCUUCUCGGGGAACCCCCCAGGACCUGGCUCGAGCCUCAGGUCGAUUUGGACAGGACUUCAGCACCUUCCUGGAAGCUGGUGUGGAGAUGGCAGGACAGGCCCCGAGCCAGGAGGACCGGGCCCAGGUUGUGUCCAACUUGAAGGGCAUCUCUAUGUCUUCGAGCAAACUCCUUCUGGCUGCCAAGGCCCUGUCCACAGACCCUGCUGCCCCCAACCUCAAGAGUCAGCUGGCUGCAGCUGCCCGGGCGGUGACUGACAGCAUCAACCAGCUCAUCACCAUGUGUACCCAGCAGGCACCAGGCCAGAAAGAGUGUGACAAUGCCCUGCGGGAAUUGGAGACUGUCCGGGAACUCCUAGAGAACCCGGUCCAGCCCAUCAAUGACAUGUCCUACUUCGGCUGCCUAGACAGUGUGAUGGAGAACUCAAAGGUACUGGGUGAGGCCAUGACUGGCAUCUCCCAAAACGCCAAGAAUGGGAACCUGCCUGAGUUCGGGGAGGCCAUCGCCACAGCCUCCAAGGCCCUCUGUGGCUUCACCGAGGCAGCCGCACAGGCUGCAUAUCUGGUGGGGGUCUCUGAUCCCAACAGCCAAGCUGGGCAGCAAGGACUGGUGGAGCCCACGCAGUUCGCCCGUGCAAACCAGGCAAUUCAGAUGGCCUGUCAGAGUUUGGGGGAGCCUGGCUGUACGCAGGCCCAGGUGCUCUCUGCAGCCACCAUCGUGGCCAAGCACACCUCCGCGCUGUGUAACAGCUGCCGCCUGGCCUCCGCUCGCACGGCCAAUCCCACCGCCAAGCGCCAGUUUGUACAGUCGGCCAAGGAGGUGGCCAACAGCACAGCCAAUCUUGUCAAAACUAUCAAGGCACUUGACGGAGCUUUCACAGAAGAGAACCGUGCCCAGUGCCGAGCAGCAACGGCCCCUCUGCUGGAGGCCGUGGACAAUCUGAGUGCCUUUGCAUCCAACCCCGAGUUCGCCAGCAUUCCUGCCCAGAUCAGCCCUGAGGGCCGGGCUGCAAUGGAGCCCAUUGUGGUCUCCGCCAAGACAAUGUUGGAGAGUGCCGGGGGACUCAUCCAGACAGCCCGGGCCCUAGCAGUCAAUCCCCGGGACCCGCCGCGCUGGUCGGUGCUGGCUGGCCACUCCCGGACCGUCUCAGACUCCAUCAAGAAGCUCAUUACAAGCAUGAGGGACAAGGCUCCAGGGCAGCUGGAGUGCGAGGCGGCCAUUGCAGCUCUGAACAGCUGUCUGCGGGACCUAGACCAGGCUUCCCUCGCUGCUGUCAGCCAACAGCUUGCUCCCCGGGAGGGAAUCUCUCAAGAGGCCUUGCACACUCAGAUGCUCACUGCAGUGCAGGAGAUCUCCCACCUUAUCGAGCCACUGGCCAGCGCUGCAAGGGCUGAAGCCUCCCAGCUGGGACACAAGGUGUCCCAGAUGGCCCAGUACUUUGAGCCACUCACCCUGGCUGCGGUGGGUGCUGCCUCCAAGACCCUGAGCCACCCGCAGCAGAUGGCGCUCCUGGACCAGACCAAAACCUUGGCAGAGUCUGCCCUGCAGUUGCUGUACACAGCCAAGGAGGCUGGCGGGAACCCCAAGCAAGCAGCUCACACCCAGGAGGCCCUGGAGGAGGCUGUGCAGAUGAUGACAGAGGCCGUAGAGGACCUGACGACAACCCUUAAUGAGGCAGCCAGUGCUGCUGGGGUUGUCGGCGGCAUGGUGGACUCCAUCACCCAGGCCAUCAACCAGCUAGAUGAAGGACCAAUGGGUGAACCAGAAGGUUCUUUUGUGGAUUACCAGACGACUAUGGUGCGGACAGCCAAGGCCAUUGCUGUCACCGUUCAAGAGAUGGUAACCAAGUCAAACACCAGCCCUGAGGAGCUAGGCCCUCUUGCUAACCAGCUGACCAGUGACUACGGCCGCCUGGCCUCCCAGGCCAAGCCUGCAGCUGUGGCUGCUGAGAACGAAGAGAUAGGUGCGCACAUCAAGCACCGCGUGCAGGAGCUGGGGCAUGGCUGUGCCGCUCUGGUCACCAAGGCGGGCGCCCUGCAGUGCAGCCCCAGCGACGCCUACACCAAGAAGGAGCUCAUAGAGUGUGCCCGGAGAGUCUCCGAGAAGGUCUCGCACGUGCUGGCCGCGCUGCAGGCGGGGAAUCGUGGCACCCAGGCCUGCAUCACGGCCGCCAGCGCCGUGUCCGGCAUCAUUGCUGACCUCGACACCACCAUCAUGUUCGCCACGGCCGGCACCCUCAAUCGCGAGGGGGCCGAGACCUUCGCUGACCACCGGUGAGGAGGGAACGGGCCUCCUGGAG